AUGGCCGAACACCGUCGCGAAGCAUCCAGCAACCCCAACAGCACUGACACCAGACCUGCAUUACCUACGCUGGGCUUUGAGAACACCUCGCCAUCCUUUGGCAUCUCCUUAGCGCCACCAGCGUCGUCACCGGCCACGCGCGCUGGCUACGCUCGAGUGAGCAACGAUGCGGCCGACCGCCAUGCCCCGCCUACGAUCGCGGAGGAAGAUGAAGAAGACAUCGCAGACAGCUUCCGGGGGCAGCGAAGCAGUGGGCUGGGAAUAGCAGCAGCCGGCGACUCUCUAACAUUGGGUAGUGAAUCCGCAAUACCGCCUCAUGUGCGCAGCGAAGCGGGUGCUCCCAUGUGGAGCCCAAACGUCACACUGUCACCACCAGGCACGAGCGAUCCCUUCCUUAGCAGACUCCCACACGACUCGGCCGAGGCCACACCUGACCUGGUGCGCGACCGCUUCAGUCCAUACACAGGCAGCUAUGAGGAGUUUCGGCGCGACAUGCCAGGACACUUGCACACCACUGCCAGCACCGCCGACUUCCAGCAGUAUAUGCACACGUCAGACACACAGCGGCUGCGCGGCGCACCUUCCAUAAGAUCAGUGUUCGACAAUAACGGAUUCCAUCCAGGACACGAGUGCCAGACACGGAGAGACUUUUACCAAUCGCGGUUUUCGUGGCUCAAUGCAAUGAUCAUCUUCAUCUGCGUGUUGUCCACAGUUUUGUCCGGCAUCUUCCUUGGGCUCGCGCUGAAAGCCCCACGAUAUGGACGCUUCAUCAGCACGAGCGAUGGAGCAAAGAUGCGACCUGCUACCGCGAUCCUUUGGACAUCAAUCCUAGCCAAAGUUAUCGAGCUCUCGUUCGUCACUGGGUUCGUCGCCUUUCUGGGUCAAGUCCUGAGCCGGAGAGCGUUCAGUCGUAGUGGAGGCGUAACGCUAUCAGAGCUCAGUAUGUGGAGAUGGGUUGUCCAGCCGGGCACCCUUAUUACGCAUUGGGAGACUGCCAAAUACGCUGGGCUUUCAUUCUUAGGCAUGUUGAGCCUGUUGAGUGCGAUCUUGGCUACACUGUAUGCGCCCGCAGCAACUGCUCUGGUUCAACCAAUGCUCAGUCAUGGGCGGACGGAGACCAGACUAUUGGCUGGAAGCGUGAAAACCGACUUUGCAAACAUAACCUAUAUCAAAGAGAUGUGUCAAACUCCGAUAGGAACCAAGGUCGAUCCAAACUAUGCCGGCACAACCUGCACGCAGAUCGAACAUGCCGGACAAGGCUUCUACAACUACCAUAAGUACUUGGCAGAUUGGGACAAUCGAAUUUCAGCUGACAAUGUUACGUCGGAUCAGGAAAAGCGUCCAUUAGGCUUUGGGCUAUUGUACGAGAACACAACGGUCACAGCGCAAUGGGUCAAUAUUGUCAACACUACAGAACUGUCUCGACAGCAUGGCAGAGUUAUCAACAGCGUGUCACUUGCUAUGCCACACGCCGGUGUAUUUGCAGCAGCACGCGAUAGAAAUAACGACAUCCUCCAACCAGAGGAGCUGGACUCGGAAGGCAGUUACACUCUCGAAGCAUCUGUACCAUCUCCCGUUGUGAACGUCCUAUGUGUCAAUCUAAAUAAGACCGAGUUGGCGCCUCUUGUCUAUACUGAAUGGAACGGGGAAGAGGUGGUCAACGCAACAACUUGGGCAUCAGGACAGCUGAUGAACAGCGCUACGACCACAAACAAAACGGCUGUGGAUGAUAUCUUCGGGUGGACGAAACAAGACCAUGUCUUAAUGCGGGACUAUCCCCCUGUAUUUUCCAGGUUUCCCCUGCCUUUCAACACUGUCCUCAACCAUACAAGUCUUGCCUGGGGCAGACCGGCCAUAUAUAUAAUGGGGCAGGGCGGGGCUCCGCUCGAAGGAUAUGCGGGACCCGACAUGACUGAUGUUUACUCAAUCUGCAAGAUUGACGUUGACAUCACCCCGUACUGCAGCACAACAUAUACAGCUGGUGGUUCCGGUGGCAACAUGGAGGCAAAGUGCGAGAAGCCAGAGAAUGUUACCAAGGGCAAGAUGACUUACGUCAACAGUCGUACCGACGCAAAGGUGCGGCGAGGCCUAGCAAAUUGGCGCGACGUUGGGACUGACUGGUCCAACAGUCUGUCGCUCGGCACAGGUCUCAGUGAUGGUGCCGCGAGUAACUCGAGACUUUUAAUGCAGUUGCAGCUCGUGCCGAAAGGUGGUCGGAAUGCGGAUCCCAAGAAUCUCCACGUCGAACUCAAUCCGUCACUCCCUAGUAUGGCCGAGGCCAUCGCAGUCCUGUCUGGUUGCACAUUGCUCAAAAGCUUUAUCGAUGCGCCCUUUGUGCUUGAACCCGAGUAUAACCUUCCCAAAGGUGCAAGGUCAUUGACCCAGCCAAACACUGAGAAUUUCAACGCAACGAUUGUAGCACAGCAAUAUGCGUCUGGCGGCGUCGACAGCCCUACCAAAGCAUGGAUGGUCAUCCUCAUCUUGGUCUUUCUCAUGAACAUCUUCGUCCUCAUCUACUUCAUAUUCCACCGCGGCCUCGUCACCGACUUCUCUGAGCCUCCAAAUCUGUUUGCACUGGCGGUCAACAGUCCACCCAGCCAAGCGCUAGCAGGAAGCUGCGGUGGAGGGCCUGAAGGCAAACAAUACAUGGUCAAUUGGUUUGUCAACCACGAAGGUGAACAUCUAUACAUGGAGCCCGGUGAGAAGACAGCUCUGUUGGCCAGACAAAAGCAUGGGCAUGCGCACGACCAUAAUCACGGUCGUAAUACGCCACAGGCGGCGAGACCUGGUGGGAAUGGGGUUCUCUUUAAGGUUGCAGCAGCGUUCAGUAGUAUACGACUGCCGUUUGGAUCCAAGAACAAGGCUCCGCCAAAGGUCAGUCAGCCUGCUGGGGCCGAGCGACUUCGACCUUUCAGUACAGCGGCGAGUAUGCUCUCCGCUGCUUCGCCGUCGGACUACGAGAUGGAGGAUGGUGAGACAAGGACACAGCGACAGUACGCCAAGCUGUCGAAACGAAGGAGUAUGCUUUGA